AAUGGGCAGACGCCGCCGGUCGCGCGUGCGCACUACGGGGCGGUGCAGGGAAGAUGGUGCUGAUCAAGGAAUUCCGAGUGGUGUUGCCAUGUUCGGUGCAAGAGUAUCAAGUUGGUCAACUUUAUUCGGUGGCAGAAGCUAGCAAAAAUGAAACAGGAGGCGGUGAAGGAAUUCAAGUCUUAAUAAACGAGCCUUACGAAAAAGAUGAUGAGAAGGGACAAUAUACUCACAAAAUCUAUCACUUAAAGAGUAAAGUUCCUGGUUUUGUAAGAAUGAUUGCUCCAGAAGGCUCCCUGGUGUUCCACGAGAAGGCCUGGAAUGCAUAUCCUUACUGUAGAACAAUUGUGACGAAUGAAUACAUGAAAGAUGAUUUCUUCAUAAAAAUCGAGACCUGGCACAAACCUGACCUGGGGACGUCAGAGAAUGUGCACAAUUUAGAUCCGAACACGUGGAAGAGUGUUGAAGUUGUCCAUAUUGACAUUGCAGAUAGAACUCAAGUAGAACCAGGAGACUACAAAGUUGAUGAAGACCCUGCGUUAUUCCAGUCAGUUAAGACCAAGAGGGGACCUUUGGGACCAAACUGGAAGAAAGAGCUAGCAACUGAUGAAGAGUGCCCUAAAAUGUGUGCUUACAAGUUGGUGACGAUUAAAUUUAAAUGGUGGGGACUGCAGAACAAAGUGGAAAACCUUAUACAGAAGCAAGAAAAAAGGAUAUUUACCAACUUCCACCGCCAGCUGUUCUGUUGGAUUGACAAGUGGAUCGAUCUGACCAUGGAAGACAUCAGGAGAAUGGAGGAUGAGACUCAAAAGGAGCUGGAAGCGAUGCGUAAGAAGGGUUCCGUUCGAGGCACAUUGGCUGCUGACGUCUAGAGGAGUUCUCUGUAGGUUCUGAGGCAAAUCAAGCUGUUUACGUAAUCAAGGCCAAGUCAGAGGAACAAGUGCUGCCAAUGAUGAAUGAUGAUGGAUUUGACCGUCACAUGCAGUGUCGCAUUACAAACGUGUGUGUGGAUGCAUGAUUAUUUGUAUAUAAUUAUAUAUACGCACAUGCAUACUGAAGGGGGUUGUUACAGUGUCUCCAGGGUACUACUAUACCUGUCCUCAGCAAAGAUGCAAAGGAAACUGCUUUCAUUAUGUAUACCUGAAGCAAAUAAAAAUCAACUGAGUAGAGUCAUUUAAAGGUCGAAUUAACGGCAGAAUUCUAUUAACUGAUAUGUUUCAUGAAUGUCAAUACUGGACCAAUUUAUGCCCUAUUUUUUUUUUUUUUCCCCCCCCUGUUCUGAGUCACUCUGCUACACCUCGGCCCCGUCCCAUUGUAAAGAAACGGAUUCAAAUAAGUUAACUUCAAUUUUGUGUCUUCCCUAUGUGGAUAAUUUUUGAAAUAGGAACAAUGAAUGUAUUUAUAGCUAUUUAUUUCUGGGUGGUCGUUAUCCUCUAGUCAAAUCAGAACGAAGUUGCUCACAGUGGAAAUUGGAAGACUUUUACUGUUAAAUAAGUUUGACCCAACCCUUACCCACCAGUCACAAAGCAAAAAAAAAAAAAGUGUUUUAUUGGACUUUUGUACAUUGAAAUGCAAAUGUUUUUUCUUCAUUAAAAUUGGCAAGAUUAAGGAAAAAUGGCUUGUGAUUUAUAAACUGCUUGCAAUUUGAAAUUUUCCAGAAGCAGCUUUCUAGAGCAAGAAGAUGCAUCGAGUACCUCUACGCCACGCUGUGCCAGCAAAGGCAGGGACCUUCUCUAACGUAAUGCUGAUAAUGAAAGUGCUGUUUUCCAGAGGUUCACUUUGGAAGUUAUGCAAAUUGUCUUGAUUUCACACACAUCACACAAUGGAAUAUAACGGUGAUUUUUUUAGCUCUUUUCAUGUUGAAAAUACACUUUAAAAAGAAAUGUAUACUUUCAGGUAUGAUGAAAGUUUAAAUUGUAGCAUCUAACAUGUUUCUCUGAUGUUUGUCAGUAGAUACUUGAAAAGCAGUGUAAUAAAGACAUCUGUAGAUAACUCUCAAAUAGGAAAACAUCUUCAGCUUUUUUUAAGAUAUGGAGGUAGAGCAUCUCAUAGGCAUGUAUUAUCAAAAUGCUCGCUAGAUCAGAAACCAACUAUUUUAGAAACACUAGUUAGGUAAAGUCCUAUUGCUGCCUGAUUUCCUCCCAGUACCCCCAGUAACCUCGGUAGGACAAGCCUUGCUUAAGCUUCCAUCUUUAUAAUGUCACUUCCAUUCUAUUUGGAACCAAUUUUUUACUUACUCUGCUUACUGAAGGAGCAAUCUGAUUUCUCCUCUGUGUCAAUGACAAAAUCUGCCUGAACUUGAAGCCAGGUGAGCACAGCCACUGCUGCCAGGGUUGGGCAGCUCUCCUGCGUGCUUUCAUCCUCCGUGCUGCAGUGCAGGGGGUUCUCUGUUUUCCCUGUCUGGAUGAACAGUUCAGUGGAUAUUUGUGACAGCAGGAGGUUGGUUUUGUAAAUAGACAUGUGGACAUACGUGCACACACUUCCAUUUAACAGCUCUGCUGAAGGAGGGCUGUUGCAAGCCUGGAAACUGAAGGGCUCCGUUCUCUUUUCAGUGGUAGAAUACAAGUCUCACUGUCAUCUGUGGGACUCAAAACACAAACAGAGGGAAAGGGGCCCUACGAGUUCAGAAAUACGGAACUAGUUGUGAAAAUCUGAGAGAAUCUUGUAGCGAUUGUAAAACAUUUAGUUGACUUUGGCAGACUUUGGUGUGACCUACAGCGAAACUCAAUGACGUUUCAAUAAAUUUGAUGAUAAAAUG